CACAGAGAGAGAUAGACUGUAUAUUUUUUUAUUGUUUUGUAUUUUAUCAUAUGGAUUAUCGGAUGUGAACAGAAAAAUGAUUUCACUUCUGAGGAUUAUACCACUUUUCCAAGUUCUUACCCAUGUGGCAACAAAGGACAAACCAAAGGACACAUAUGUUGGUAUAGAGGGAAGCACUCUGGAGAUUAACUGUGAAUAUGCUGAUGGAUACCAAGACUACAUCAAGUAUUUCUGUCGUAAUCUGUGUAAAUAUGAUGAUAUUUUAAUUAAAUCUGAAAGCUCUAAUACCGUCGUCUCAGAAGGAAGAUACACUGGGCUGGAUAAUGUGUCCCAACAGAAGUUCACUGUCACCAUCAGAAACCUUGUGUUGGAAGACUCUGGAGAAUAUUACUGCGGAGUGGAGAGAUCAGGCUGGGAUUUACAGGAUAAAGUGAAGCUGUUCAUCAGUGGAGUGUCGACCUAUGUAGCAGGAAGUAAGAGAUCAAAGGACACAUAUGCUGGAACAAAAGGAAGCACUCUGGAGAUUUACUGUGAUUAUCCUGAGGGGUACCAAGAUUACGUCAAGUAUUUCUGCCGUGAUCCGUGUGCAGAUGACGAUAUUUUGAUUAAAUCAGACAACUCUAUCUCCAAAAGAAGAUACACUCUGCUGGACAAUGUGUCCAAUCGAAACUUUAUCAUUACCAUCAAAAACCUCAUAGUGGAAGACUUUGGUGUUUAUCACUGUGGAGUGGAGAAAUCAGGCACGGAUAUACUGACUGAGGUGAAGCUGUUCAUCAGUGGAGUGAAUAUGAACAACAAACUGGACGACAGUUAUCUUGGUGUAGAGGGAGGCCCUUUGAAGAUUUACUGUGAAUAUGCUGAUGGAUACCAAGAUUACAUCAAGUAUUUCUGUCGUGAUCCGUGUAAAAACGAUGAUAUUUUAAUUAAAUCUGAAAGCUCUAAUACUCUCGUCUCAAAAGGAAGAUACACUGGGCUGGAUAAUGUGUCCCAACAGAAGUUCACUGUCACCAUCAGUAACCUCAUAUUGGAAGACUCUGGAGAUUAUAACUGCGGAGUGGAGAGAACAGGCAUGGAUUUACAGAAUAAAGUGAAGCUGUUCAUCAGUGGAAAUCCUUUUCACUUCCACACGACCACACAUCCCCCAGCAUCCACUAAACAGAGCAGAACAACAUCCAGCACAUCUGCUCCCCGAACAUCAGAAACAUCAUCUCUAUUCUGUGUUCGAGUGUGAUGUAAAAUCACUAAAAGCAGCUUCUUCAAAGAGUUCAGGUUCAUAUUUUGCCGGCUGCAGGAAUCACAAACCUGACUGUUUGGUUACUGUCAGCAACUAGUGGGAGGCGCCCCCUUGAGGGGGAUUCUGAUAACAGUGUUUUUUUUAUUUUUCCUGCAUUGACGUCACAGAAUUUAAAGCUGGACACACAGUUUUUUAGUACAUUUAAUUCAUAACCUGUCAUUGUGUGGGGGCUCCAUACCAGUCCAGCUCGGGGCCCUAGGCAAUUGAAUAGUUUGCUUGCCUUGCAAUGAGCCUGCCUAUAAAGACUUUGCCCACCACUGCCUUGCAUGUUAUAGUGCUACAUACAGAUACCUGACACAAGCUGCCUAUUCCCAAACCAUACAUCACCAGUUAUUAUAAUUAUAUAUUACAGCUCUGGAAAAAAAGAGACCAGUUAAUGAUUAUGUUUUUUUUCUUGAUUUUACCUAAUUGAAAACCUCUAGAAUAGAAUCAAGAGGGAGAUGGAUGAUCACAAGCCAUCAAACCAAACUGAACUACUUAAAUUUUUGAGUGGUAUAAAGUCAUCCAAAAGCAGUGUGUAAGACUGGUGGAGGAGAACAUGCCAUGAUGCAUGAAAACUGUGAUUAAAAAACAGGGUUAUUCCACCAAAUAUUGAUUUUUGUACUCUUAAAACUUUAUGAAUAGUUUCUGUUUUCUUUGCAUUAUUUGAGGUCUAAAAGCUCUGCAUAUUUUUUGUUAUUUCAGUCAUUUCUCAUUUUCUUCGAAUAAAUGAUCUAAAUGACAUUUUUAUUUGGAAGUGUGGGGAAAAAUGUUAUGUCUUUAGUUUCUAGUUCAACAAUGUUCAUUUUACGCAAAUAAUGUCUAUAAUUAGCAAAAUCAGAGAAAAUGAUUCAGAAACUGAAGUGGUCUCUUAAUUUUUUUCCAGAGCUGUAUAUAAGCCUGUUAACACAGUUUAAUCUGUAAUAAGUGGCUGCUGUGAGAAUAGUGGAGUGUGUUUACUGUCUGAUUUAUGUAUAUAAAUAUAUAAUCUUUCUUUGAGAAUUAUUGUUUUAAAGAUUUCAAUAAAUUUUGGUGCAAUUA